CGGUCCAGCACUGAGGCGCCAUGGACGCGGAGGCGCUGCCUUACGCGCUGGACCUGGUGGCGAGUAGCGGCGUAUGCCUCAGCCCAGAGAAGCGGGCGGCCCUGCGGAACUCCCUCCUGCUAGUGCGCCGCGACUACCGCUUCGAGCAAGUCCGCCUGUGGGGCCGUAUCCAAGGCAUCCGCGGGGCCUACUACAUCGCCGAAGGACUAGGCCCGGACAGAGCCGGGACCCGAAGCCGCCUCUACAGCUUAAACUGUGUUGACUGGAGCCUUCUGCCCCCUCCUACUGAGGAAAUGGUUACACUGACUGCAGGACUAAAAGGACGCUUCCAAGGGGAUCCAUCUUAUGAAUAUGAACAGCCCGAUAAGAAAGAAGACCCCGAAAGGCCAUAUGAAGAGGAAGUUCCAACUUUGAUCAAAGAGGAGACCCGUCUUGUAGCUACAGUACAUCAGAUAGACAAAGCAGUGGGUAUCGUUCCACGAGGUGCAUAUGUAAAAUCACCACUUGGACCUGUGCAUGAAAACAGGAACUUUGAAGGUUUGUCGUUGACAGAGGGCAAAAAGUUAAGCUCUUAUUUCCAUUUCACUGAGCCUGAAAAUCUGAAGAAUAAAACUCUCCUGGAGAAAGCUGACUUGGAUCCAGCCAUUGAUUUCUUGGAUUCUCUUGAACAUGAUAUUCCAAAAGGAUCCUGGAGUAUCCAAGUGGAGAGAGGAGGCAGAGUGCUAAUACUACGAAGUCUCCUAUGGCUUGGGCUAACAUUCUACCAUGUUCCCAAUACAAAACAGCAUGGUUAUAUCUACUUUGGCAAUGGAGAGAAGAAUAUAGAUUUGCCUUUCAUGCUAUGAGGAUCACACAGACUGGAAAUUUUAGAAAUGUUAUCUAUUAAUUUUGUACUUAAAACUACAUAUAUGCUUUUUUGUUUAGUGAUUCAAUGUGAAAUCAUCCCAUAUCUAAGUGGAAGCAUGUUUAAAAUAUUUUGCAUUUAGAGAACAACUCUGAUAAGUGACCCAAGUUUGCUAAUUUUCUGAGUGAAUCAGGAUACUGUUCCAUGCAUUCAACCACUUCACAUGCUUUAGAAGUGUGGGGGUGUAUUGAGCUUAUUGCACACUUCUAACUAUGCAAUGAUUUGUAUGUCAUUCUGAUACACACACACACACACUCCCCUUCCAGAUAGUUGCUUCAAGGUAACUGAGUCCUAUCUAUGCACAAGUAUCUUAUUGCUCUUAUUAUCAGACAAGGUGUUUCUGAAACUCAGGGGAACCUGCUGUCUAAAAAGUAACCGAGGAAAAUAUUUUCCUUCCAUUUGCUGAGUUUCAGUGACAUGAACACUUGCAUAGGGUAUGUUACAGUGUAAACCCUGUAAUUGGAAAGGGAAUCUUAUUUCUUUUCAUAUCCACAUCCCUGCGAGAAAGAAUGUGCAGCUGGAACUUCCUGUCAUUCCAGGACUGCAGUAGAACGCACUGUUCUGGCCUUGUCUAAAACCCAACAGUACCAAGAGUCCAACAAUUGCUUUUAUUCAAGUCGGAUCAUCAACACAAAAUCAGCAGCCUGGCCCAUAUUAGAUAUACCUGGUUAUAUAGCUUGCUACUCUCUUCUAAUCUUCUUCUUGUGUGCGCGCGUUGUAGUUUAUAAAUCUUAUGGUUUUGCUUGCCUCACUUUUGUUAAUAUUGGUCACUUUGAGAUAUAACUGUCUGAAACCUGGGAUUAAAAAUACAGCAAAUAAAAUACCCUUACUGAA